AGAGGAACAAAAAAUGUCCCAUCUGAAAAACGAAACACCUUCGAUGUUCAUUCUGAAAAGCAGUGAAAUGUAGUGUAAAUUUUGUUGCAAAAACAUCGGAAAACAGCAAAUAAAUAUCGUUAACGGGUAGUUUUAGUAAGGUGUAAUCGAUUAACGACAAAGUUUAAUCAAAUCGGUGUGUAUUUGCAGUGGAAAACGUGUUGUGAAAAAUUGCUUUCUCAAUUUUAGCUGGCUGACUCCGUGUCUGUCUGCUAGUUAGCAAGAGGAGCCAUGAAUGGCUGCUGUUACUUGCAUCGGACAUAAGUUGGUGAUUGGAGAAAAAAAGCAAAUCUGGUUUACGGCACAAUUCUAAGCUAUCUCAACGACGACAGUGUAAGUCAACAUUAAUAACUCCACAUACGCUCAUACGUCUUGAGUGACGAACUUGCAUUUUUGCGUUCCACAUCGCUGCUGACAGAGAGCAAAAAAAUCUGCUUUCGCAAGCGUACAGCGGAAAGAAAGUGAUAGCUGGUGGCUACUUAUAACAGCAAACGUUACUCGACCGUUACAAGUGCGGAAGAUAAUGGGCAAGAGACAUGCUACCGAUAGCGAAAAUCAGUUUGAAACACCGCAGAAGCGACAAAAGGUUGCCGCCACACACACGAACUCGCUCGCGGAAACACCCAACGGUAGUCCAGCGCUGAAUGUGAGUUUUACUCUAACCCGCGAGUUCGUCGACGGGACAAUACUGACUGAUUUAACACUAAAAGACUGGCGCAUCGGCAAACCUAUCGGCAAAGGAAGCUUCGGUGAGAUAUUUCUGGCUUCAGAUGACGUAUUUAAACCAGUCACCAGUCAAAAUGCAAAAUACGUUGUUAAAAUCGAACCCCACUCUAAUGGGCCACUAUUUGUGGAGAUUCAUGCAUUGCUCAACACUGCCAAAGCUUCUGAAUCCAACAUCAUUCCGCCUGGUAUGCCGGAAUACAUAGCCUCCGGGUCGCACUAUUUUAAAAACGAACGUUACCGCUUUCUGAUCUUGAAACGCUACCAGCGAGAUCUGCAUUCACUGAUUAAAAAUAAGCGUGUCGAACCGAAGAGCGUCCCGAUUAUCGCUUGUCAGAUACUGGACGUGUUGGAACAUCUACAUGACAAGGGCUACGUCCAUUCAGAUAUCAAGGCGGAAAAUCUUAUGCUGGGUAAGGUUCCUGUUUCGCUGUUGGCCAAUCUGAAGAGUACUAAACUCUUCGAGAGUAACCAAAACCAAUCCCCAGUGAAGAAUACUAAAAAUGCUAGCAAAAGUAAUGGAUAUACUGGGUUUACAUCUACGCCUUCCGUGCUUAUGAAGAAAGUUCUCACAAAUGGAGUGGAAUUCAGCGGCUCUAAUCCAGUUCGCUCAUGCCGCAAUGGCGGCGUAACGGAGUUUGAAACCUACAAAGAUAUGGUAAAAUCUCACUAUUUGCGCCCGCUGAAAAAUAUUGUCUAUCGAGACGAUAGCGACGAGGAAGAACUUAAAAAUGGCAAAAAGAAGCGCAAGCGAAGAAAGGAUGGCGAUAAUAGUAAAUCUUUCUUCUACACAAUUACGACCAAGAACGUAAACGAUACUUACAAACAAAUUGAUGUACAAAUCAGUCGCAACGGGGCGGCUCUCAUCAAUGGAACAGCUGCGGCACAGGUAGUGAACGGAACGAAAAGGAAACCCGGUAGGCCUCGUGCACUUCCCGCAGAAGAAGCGACGGAGGAUCGCAUUCACUUGAUUGAUUUUGGACUGGCAUCAAAAUUCAACGAUUCAACCGGACAGCAUAGGCCGUUCUGCAUGGAUCAGCGGCGUGCCCAUGACGGUACACUGGAGUUCACCUCACGAGAUGCGCACAUGGGCGCGCAUGCUCGUCGAAGCGAUCUGGAGUGCUUAGGCUAUAACCUAAUCUUCUGGAGUCGCGGUUUUCUUCCUUGGAAGGACGAAAAGCUGUUGAAUCAGCCAGAACAGGUGCACCGUAUGAAGGAGUACUUCAUGACCGAUGUGCGCGAAAUGCUGAAACUAAUUUACGGCGAAGAUUGUCCAAAAUACUUGGGAGAAUUUCUCCAUUAUGUUGGUGGACUGACGUACGAUGAGCGACCGAACUACGACUAUCUGCGCAACCUAUUCUAUCAGGAACUACGCCGUCUAGGAUAUAAUAACAAAUCAACCCUCAAACUAAACGUCGAUAACAUUGUUAAGCUGAGCGAGCCGCUCACUGCCCAGGACGAAGCGGAAAUCACUAACAAAAUCAAUCAUGUGAAAUCGUUGAUGAAGAUGGGCGUACUUCCUUAUCGGGAGAGUACGUUGCACAAUAAGACUACCUCGCCAAAAAAUUUACGCUCGAAGCGAGACAGUACUAGAACUCCGGCCACUAACGGUAAAGCCACGAAUGGUGCCAAGAAUGGGGUGGUAACCAUCAAGGAAAGCUGUAAAAAAGAGAAAAAGUUUUCUUGGUCUGAAAUACUAAGCACCGAUCCGGAUCAGAUAGCUAGGGAACGUGCCGAGAAAGAGUUUGAACGGGCAGACCAGAUAGAGGAAGUAGUUAUCAGCUAUACUGGCAAUCCGACAUACGCAAUACGGGAGCUAGAAAACAAGCGAGACUUAGGAACACCCGGUGGAGGACUGGACUAUACAGAAAGCGAAGAUUAUAUCAAAGGCUAUACGAAGCCGAUGAUGGAAAUCCUAAGAAAACGGCAGUCGCAAUUGUUGAGAGAUAUUGGCCAUUCGAAUGGUUAUGGAAGUGGAGUCAAAGAGCCACCCGACGAUGCAGGUGAAGAAAGUGAACAGAGUGAUGAAGAAGGAGAAGAAGAGAAUGGCGAAACUGAAGAUUGCGAAGAAGAGGACAGUGUGAAGCAAGUUAAUGAAGAAGAAGACGAGGAAGAAGCAGAAGUAAGUGAUGGCGAAGAACAGGCUGCUACGGAUGACGAAGAAGAUGAGGAAGACGCAGAAACCGAAGCAAAUGCUUCGGAAGCCGACUCUGGUAACGACGACGUUGAUGACGAAGAAGAAGAAGAACAAGAUGACGAUGAAGAUGGCCAUGACGAACUGAAUUAUGGUAAGAAAAAAAUAGUUCCAAAUAGGCUACAAAAUUCGCAAAAGGCAGCACGGAAAACGAAGCACAAUGUUCAGAAGAUUGAAAGUGAUAGUGAUUUUAACGAUGCUGGAGAAGAGGAGAACGAAGAAGAUAAUGAAGUGAUAGGUAGAAAGUAUAAAGGUCGUCGGAAGCAGUUUCAAUCUGAAAGCAGUGAGCAACACGAUAGUGAUUUUAACGAUCAGGAAAGUUCCGAAUAUGAUAGCCGCAUUAUACGUAGUAAAAAGCCACGAGGCCGACCAAGACUGAAGAAGGAUCUGGAGCAAACAGCCGAACUAAAACAAACUCACUCAAAAGCCAACGCCGGCGCAAGCACGAAAGUUCCUGUGAUAGCAAGAAAUAACAACAACAUUACUAAGCCGUACUACGGCGACGUGGACGAUUCCUCUCACGACGUUCCAUCGCAGCAGCAAAAGUAUCGACUAGUAAAGCGACGCAAAUCUGGUCUACGAGAGCGGAUACGACCAACCGAUCGUAGUAUAAAGUAUCACGACGAUCUGGAACAGAAAAAGUCCAAACGAACUUCACGCAAGCGUUAUUCACACGACGAGGACUAUUGUCAAGAAGAGGAUGAGUCUUCCUGCAGCUCUAGCCAAACAAUCACUUCGGUUACUUCUUCGCAUUCUGCGGGCAGCGGCACUGGGUCUGACUUCUCUAGAUACCUCCAGAGCGGUGCAAUUUCAAAACGCAAGUCUUCCCGGAAGCGUAAGAUUCGCUCUUAUUCGAACAGCAGUCGUUCGGCCCUCUCUUCUCACUCACGUUCCUCUUCCGUACAUAAUGUCGCAACAAUCAACGGCGUUACCAACAAUGGGUUAAAUCGAAGAUUUGCGGGAGAUGACGAUGAAUUUUUCGACGACGAUGACACACGUGACAUGGAUUACAGCCCGUGUAAAAUAAAACGAAUCCGAAAACCAGCUAAUUCCAGGAAAACAAUAACACUAAAAAAAAAAAGCGGAGAAGGUAAAGGCUCGUUUUCACUUGUCUAAGCUGUGACUGGUCCAGCACGCCUGCACCUACCUGCGUUCUUAGUAUUCUACUCUGGUGAUAAUGUUUGGAGCAUUUGCGCGCCUUGCUAGCGAAAGCGGUUCGAUAUAGGUUCGGUUCUUUCGAAUGCCGUUUUUUAUUGUGAGAUCUGGAUCAAUUGGAUACACAAAAAAGACUGAUUAUCAUUAUGUUAAAAAAAAUAUUGUUCUCGGCUAAUGUUGAUGGGUAUAAGUUUAUUUUUUUUAUAUUAUGUUUACAAAACAUAUUUUGUACAACUUUUGCUCAUCGCUGAAUUACUUUACAAUAUUUAUUUUUCUAUAAUUUUGAAAAACCGUAGAAUAAACUGUUCAAAUUUUCAUGACCACUAGUAUAGAGCGAUUCGAAGUUGAAUGGCAAAGGGUUCAUUUUGAAUUUUUUUAGUAAAAACAUUCGAAAUAGUAAAUUUGGUUCACUUGCAUUGACUUUUCUUAGUAGUAGAAUCAAGUAACGAAACCCAUUAUUUAAACGUCAUUCAGCCUUGAUUUAGGAACCUAGUAUAAAAAGACCCAUUUGCAGAAAAAUCUAUACCAUUUUUUUCUUGUGGAAGAGUCAAAACUUGCCUAAAAUUAUGCACGCUCAAAAUAUUCUUCCAGUUUUAGGUUUUAUGUAACCGAAAUUUAGCCUUUCCAGCUGGUUGGCUGCGAAGUCUGUAUAUAGUAAACAGAAGGUCAAGUUCCGAAUCGGAAUGUAGCACCAAGGCUUUGCUUUUGCUUUGCUUUGUAAUCGAAAUUUUAAAAUUGAGCUGGAAGGUGAAAAAGUUCGAUUUUAAUAGCUGCUGAAAUUGGCACCUAGUAGCGCGCAUAUUUAAAUAUCGGAAUGCGGCAUUCUAUUACGACGAAAUCAGUGAAAGUAAUAUCUAAAUCUGAAUUUUAUAAAUGAACAAAAUUACUAGGGCAUGAGCAACUCUAUUUUGUCCAGUAAAACUUAUGCUAUUACGAAAAAUAUCAUUCAAUAUAAUAUAAUUUAAAAAAAAUAUGAAAAUUUGGCAACAUAUCUUUGAGACAUUAGCCAAAACUACUCUUGUGCACGUUUUCGUAUCGAGAACAAUCAUUCUCGAACCUAUUUUAUCCAAUAGGGUCCAGAUUACUGUAAACAAUAAAUGAAGCACCCAUCGAGUAUUUCACAAACAACCUUCUACCGAACCGCAUUUGCUGUAACCGCCUACCAUCCGUCAUGAAUACGUGUGCAGGGCAACCGCAACUCCAGUUAAAUUUUAAAAACCACUUCUCCGUGCACCCACUUGCCUUCCACCAUCUACUGCCGUUCAAACUCCUGGGGCACAAAACUAAAAUCCUGAAUGGUUGACCACCUACCCAAAACCACCCUGUACCUGUGUCUGUAUCUUGUACCCCACAGGAACGGUACCCGAAGCGGUGGUACUUGUGUCAAAGGCAUUACCCCCCAAAGGAAACGGUGUCGUUGCCAAUCUUCGCGGACGGCGUGACCAAAACAUCAGAACCUACAGCCGUGGAUAGUUCCGGUACACGAGCUUGCGGCACAAGACAAACGUUGGCGAUGGUUAUUUGUUUCGGAUUUAACGAUGAAAUUGUGGUAAAGUGAAACUGCAAGCAGUAAGUGUAACAUGAAAUAGUUUAGAUUGUAAACUAAACAACAGUGUGUAAGAGAAAGAGAUACACUCAUUGACUUAGUUGGUACCGUUAAUACCGCGGAAUCACCUUGCUUGAAACUUCCAUUUGUCAACUGCAGGGAAAGUUAAUGUACUUUUUCAAUUAGGAAACAAUUUUUAAACUGUAUAAAGCUGGUAUUACCAUGUCGCUUUAUUAUCUAUCAAUGAACAAAAUAUUCAAUGCAUUCAAGAAUGAUAAUCAAAUCUCAAAGUUUUCAGAAAUUUAUUUUUUCUCGGUUGUUUCAUUUCAUGUUAUUUAUUUCCUGUAUUGUAAUAUCUAACUCUCUUAGUUCUUAAAAAUUUAAAACCAUGCAAUUCAAUAAUUCAAAUUUAUGACAGAGACAUUGUAAGAUAAAAACCUGUACUUUUCUAUUGUAUUCCAAUAAAGAAAAUAGAAUAAUAUCAAGCGCAUGUAUUUGUAAUCAUAACUAUCAACCAAAUUCAGACGAAUGAAAUUAAUAGAAAUGUAAUGCCAUUGUGACUCAAAUUCUAACCAGUUAUACGAAACUUGAAAAAACGUAAAAGCAUGAUUAAAAUCUAACCCAACAUUGUUUGGUUGAAAAUCAAGCUGUCACUUUCGUUCUGGUAUGUUACGAGAAAUCUCUCAGAUACUCACGUUGUGAUAUCGAUUGCAAGUAUAAUUUUGGUUUGUGAAAGUAUUUUUGGAAAUCGAAAAUGUUCACGAUGUGAUUUUUGAGAAAGAUGUCACAAUUAGAUGAGAUUCUAACAAACUAGACAAACCGAUGAGUUCAUACUGUUGUAGGAAAACCAUAACUAAAAAUUGCAAGCUAUCGUGAGAAAAACCAUUAAGCUUAGCAAAUUUUUGGAGUGCAGCCGACACAACAUCCUUGCAAGAUUAUCAGUAGUUUUGAAUGAAAAAAAAAAAAAGAAAUUGUAACUGAAACGCCCCCCGCCGACAAACGGGAAAUUUAAGACUUAUAUGUUAUGUGUAAAUAUGUUCGAGAUCCGCACAAGAAACAGGAAAACGCGUUUGUUAAUGUACCCAUUUUUCUCUCUCUGGAAAGUACCAUCUCAUACUAUUCAAACUAAACUUUGUUGAAUAUACUACUAUUGUGUUUGUUGAACAAAAUUAAAAUACGGCACAGAAAGAACCAUUAGUCGUUUUGAAACUAUUCGUGACUAAAGCAGCAUCCUAAAUAACUGUAUUUAAAGGUGGUAACUAAAUAAUUAAAACAAGAUAUGCAUUGAACUAUUAUAAAUAAUAAACAACAAUGGAGUAUAUAAGGUAAGAGAAACUAAUUGAAUAAUAAAAUUAAAUAAAUGAAAACAAUUAUUCUGCAGUAAUAAAGAAAAAGCCUGUAUUAUAGUUAAGCGCGGUAGGAAUGAAUUCAACAGUGAAUAUCGAUCAAACACUAUUCUUCAGCAAAUGUAAAAACUGAAACAAAUAAAUACCUAUUACAAAACAUA